AUGUAUUCAGUCCCUUCACAGUCACCGCCCGCUUCGGGUCGCAAGGGGAGCAAAAAGGUGCGGACUGGCUGCAUCACCUGCAAAAUUCGAAAAGUAAAAUGCGAUGAAGCCAAGCCUUACUGUCUACGAUGCAUCAAAACAGGUCGUCAAUGCGACGGCUACCGUCCAUCGCCCAACUCCUCACCAGAACCCAUGGCUCUCAGCCCAUCACAAGGCUUUGACUCUCCCCAAGAAGUCCACGCCUUUGACCAUUACCGUCUCCGCACCGCAAAAGUUCUCUCCGGUGCCAUCGACGCAAGCUUCUGGGGUGGCGUGGUCCUCAAAAUGAGUACCUCGGAACCAGCAGUGCGACACGCCAUUCUCGCCAUUAGCAGUCUCCACGAAGCAGUUGAAACGCGCAGUAGAACGAAUCGCGAAGUCGACACGCGCUUUGCAUUUCGCGAGUAUGGAAAUGCAAUUACAUCGCUGCGCAAUUGGGGUCAGAGAAAUGAUCCUUCUCUUGUUCCCCUCCUUGUCUGUGUCUUGUUCAUCUGCGUUGAGUUUCUCAUUGAUCGCGAUACAGCUGCGCAGAUGCACAUUUGUCAAGGCCGACAGAUUCUCUCCACAUUAAACGAUGGCCGAUCACCAUCUAUGGAAAUGAUCAAGCACGUUCUCGUACCCAUCUACGCUCGUCUCAGCCUCUCGAGCUUUCUCUUCGGUAGUCGUCCCGCGCCUAUUCCGACACAUCUCCGAAGCUGGACAGACAUGCCCAUCAUGUUCAGCAGUCUUGAAGAAGCGCGCUACGCUUUGUAUCUGAUGCUCGAUGAUACCUUGCAAUUCACUUUUGCGGCUCGUCGUAUCAUCUUCGAUCCAAACGCGGACCCCCAAGAAAUUGUUCAAUUCCAGCAUGAGCAACAACGACUUCUGUCUCAGCUAAAUCGAUGGCACGCUGCUUUUACCGUCAUCACAUCAAUGACACCUCAAUCGCCCGCUUUGGAAAAUACACUCAAUGUCAUCCGAAUCUACCACCAAUCUACCCUAAUCUACAUCUCCAUCGCCUUGGACACAGGCGAGAUGCGCUUCGACAACUACACAUCCAAUUUCGCAACCAUCAUCUCCCUAGCAUCCACCAUCCUCAGCUCAACACCCGCCAACUCCAAACUCGAACCUUUUAGUUUCGAAACAGAGAUCAUUCCUCCCGUUUACUGGACCGCCAUCAAAUGUCGCCAUCCCCUCCUUCGUCGCGCAGCCCUCAAACUUCUAACACGAGAACAAAUGCGCAAUCGCAGAGAGAACCUCUGGCACGCCCGCGAAGCAUCCGUCAUCGCAGCGCGCAGUAUCGAGAUGGAAGAAUGCGAUUUUGACACCACCCCAAUUGACCCAGAUCUAAUGAUGGGUAGUCCAAGGACCAUCCCAAGUCCCAGCGCCCUCAGCGACAUAUCAGCAGAAGCAGAAGUCAUCUACGAGAUCCUCGUCAACAAAGACAUAAAAAUAAAGAUUGAGACAUCCAAACCUCCCAGUCUUCCUGCUCCACCUGUAUCUUUCAGCGAUCCAACACCCGAGGAAUUUUUAUCUGGGUCGCCGUUAAGUCUGGCGUCCAGCGGAUCGUCUCCCGCUCCUAUGACGCCUGCUUCGGUGACGGACGGUGUACCGCAGCUUGAUGUCGCUGCGCUAAAAACGAGUGGUCUUGAACCGCCGUUUAAUAUUCCGGAUAGUCGACGUAUCAAGAAUGCGGUUUUUGGGCCAGCGGAGUCGGAGGGGAUUCUUGUCACGUUUUUCAGGGAUCCUGAUCCGGGAGAGACGCAGUGGAAGGUUACCAGGGAGUUUUUGAAGUACUGA